AUGACUACGUUGUCAAAAUCCUUGAGGCCUCUCGCCCGACCUCAUCGAUGGAAACCAACGCAAGCAACAACGGGGCUUUCUCGAUUGUUCAGUGAAAGUCGUCCUCGGCGACAGCAAAAUAUUCCAGAGUUCGAGGCAGAAGCACGAACAUCUCGGUUCAAUCUCAGCCGUCUCUCUCCUUUUUGGACGGCUCUCAUCGUACUUGGGGCAGGUCUGACUGCUUAUGGCCUCUAUGAUAUAUAUGCCACAUUGACGAUGUGGCCUUCGGAAAUCCGGAAGGAUCUCCGUGGGGGACUGGCUGCUAAGUACAAAGGCGACCUAUUGCUGAGCGCUCAAUAUCUCAGAAGGGCUUUGGAUACAUCCAAAAAGAUCCCUCUUACUGAAUUCAAAACCUUGCCAUACCUCAAGACGUCGGGCAUCGCCAUCUGUCUCGCUGGCGUGCUAGAAGAGGACGGAAAGGUCGAAGAAGCUUAUAAAGUGUACGAGGAUGCACUUCUACAGCUUCAGCACGUCAUGGACGCCAAACCUCAAGAGCUGAAAGGGCAAGAGAAGAUGCGUGCUGUAGCCCUCUCUCACAAACUUGGGGAGAUGGCGCAUGAUAUGCAUAAACCGCGAGAGGAGGAAGAAAAAUGGCUUGUAUUGUCUGUGGAGACCAUUCUGAAGAGCGUUCUGCAGGCGCCGGCAGGAAGUCAGGCAGAUCAAAAUGGGAGUCGGCACGAUAUCCAAGUUAUGGUAGAAGAAUUGGCGUUGCCGGGUUGGGUUGUACAACAGGAUAUUGCGGCACCUUUCGAGGCAUUGGGCAGCUUUUAUUCAAGAACUGGGAACAUUCGUUUUGCAAUGCCCCUAUAUCUACAAGCUGUAUCGAUUCUCAUCCCGCCGCCUCCCCAGGAAUGCUCACCGGAAAACAAGUGCCGUGGUGCUCAGAUGAUGGGGAACAUCGCUGACCUCAUAUUACAGAGUGGCACCAGUCCUGAGUUGAUUCAGCAAGCUGAGUCGUGGGCGAACAAAGGUCUCGAAGUUGCAUCUGUCGUGAGGAACAGCUCGCGUGCCAAACAUGACGUUUGCGAGAUAGCUUAUGCUUUCAUGCUUUUCAAUCUUGGAAGGAUUCGGGAGAUAUCCAAAGAUUAUGGGAAGGCCAAAGAGCUUUUUACUGCGAGCUUGGAACAAUCGAAGGCGAUUGGACUAGAAGAAGGCAUCGAGCACGCUGAGGACGGAUUACGUUCAUUAGGUUCAGAUCAAAAUACAGCUCUUCCCUCUAUCAAGCCGACCCAUGGAGGAGUCCAAAAAGAUAUAAGUUAA